AUGUUGCAGGUGAUCGGGAUGAUGAGUUCUAUGGGUUUAGGCAUGAUCCUGCUUGUAUCCACCGACCGCAAGCUAACUCCGAUCUAUCCUCUGUUCGCAGUCAUUUCAAUGGCCAUCGUUGCUAAUUAUUUGUACUUUCUUGUGAUUACGUGUAUGACGUUCGUCAUGUAUCGGGACAAGAAACGCUGCUCCACC